CAACACGGUUGCGACGAACGUCACUUCCGUCUUGUAAUGCUGAAUAACACGUUAAACAACAAGACUAAGUUUUCAUUAAUCUAGACCGUAAUUUAUAAUAAUUUUUUUUAAAAUGUCGGUUAUAAAGUCGUUAAAGAACUUGUAUAUACUAGAAAUAUCGGUAUUGAUCGCCAUAUUAUCGAAUAUUAGUAGUAAUUGCGAUGCAACUGUAGUCCUGAGGCCUAGAGGUGUACCUUUAUCAAAGAAAGCUUUCUACGAUGCCAGUAAAGAUUUUAAUUGUUUGGAUGGUUCGGGUACCAUUUCAUUUCACUACAUAAACGACGAUUAUUGCGACUGUGCCGACGGCUCCGACGAACCGGGAACGGCUGCUUGUCCGAAUGGAAUAUUUCAUUGUACGAAUGCCGGAUACAUUCCAAAAGACAUACCUUCGUCACGAGUAAAUGACGGAAUAUGCGAUUGUUGCGAUGCUAGCGACGAAUACAACAGUACGGCAGAAUGUCUAAACACGUGCAAGGAAUUAGGUAACAAAGCAAAGGAAGUGGCAAAAAGACAGCAAGAUGCGUACUUGAAAGGUUAUCAACUGAGGGCCGAACUCACUAAACAGGGAAAACAGAAAAAGGAAGAAUUCAAGGUCCGAUUAGAAGAACUUAAGAAAGAACAAGAAAAAAUGCAACGUCUGAGGGACGAGAAAGAAGCUGUUAAAAAGGAAGUGGAAGAAAAAGAGAAAGCGGCAUUGGAUACUAUAGAAAAGGAGAAACAAGAGAAGGAGAAAGAAAAAGAAAAAGAGGAAGAAUUGAAAGGUGAACAGGAGGAAAGGGUCAGUGCUACACAAGCAUUUCAAGAGCUGGAUGUUAACAAUGACGGCAAGGUUACUUAUCAAGAACUUCAACAGUUUUCAAAAUUUGACUAUAAUCAUGAUGGCACUGUAUCUGAAGAAGAGGCAAAGUUUUUCCUUCAUAUGAAAGAAGAAAUGAAUCUAGAAGAAUUCAUAACAACUGGAUGGAUGAUAAUGAAGCCUAUAUAUAAAUAUUUAAUGGAUGAGGUAACCGAAGAAACACCGAGUGAAGAAACUGCUGCACCUGAACCCGUCGAUGGUGGCGAUAAAGAUAAAUCACAAGAAGAACGAGAAGUCGAGGAUUUAGACAGUAUGGAUGACGAACCACUCGAGGGAGACGAAGACGAAGAGGACGACGAAGACUUAGAACCAAUGGAAUUUCCUCCAAAAGAAGAUUUGCCUGCUCCAGAAGAAAAAGCAUCAAAACCAAUGUAUAGCGAAGAAGUACAGCAAAUUAUUGAUGCUUCUAAACAAGCCAAACAAGAAUUUGAAGAAGCUGAUAGAAAUCUUCAGAGGAUCAUUGACGACAUAAGAGAUGUGGAGCAAAGUUUAGAGUGUGAUUAUGGACCAGAAGAAGAAUUUGCUGUCUUAAAAGGUCAAUGUUUCGAAUAUCACGACAGAGAAUAUGUAUAUAAAUUCUGUCCUUUUGACGUUGCCACUCAGGAACCAAAAUCAGGUGGAUCUUCUGUCACUUUGGGAAAAUGGUCAAAGUGGGAAGGUCCGGAAAAUAACAAAUAUUCCGUAAUGAAAUUCGAGGGAGGCGCAGUUUGUUGGAAUGGACCCGCAAGAUCAGUCGUGGUCAAAGUAUAUUGUGGAAUUGAAAACAAACUUUUCUCGGCAACCGAACCCAGCCGAUGCGAAUACCAGUACGAAUUUGAAACUCCAGCCCUGUGUUCGACGCCGCCGGCUUUCGAAAGUAUACACAAAGACAUACAUACAGAACUUUAAACUUUUUAUCAUUGGAUCAUUGUUCAGUUUACACGAAUCAUUAAUCAUAAUACAUUGUUUUCCACAUUUAAAUUUCGAAAACAAAUCUUCCCACAAGCUACCGUGACAUUCCACUUAUUGGUUAAUAAACAGUUUAAUGUUCGUGAAGUGUUUUCUUUAUCUUAAUUUAUACAAUAGUUGUCAAGAUCCUUUUUAAUAAAUACAUCUAAAAUGUUAAUGGAAUUAUUUUUUUCUUCAAAUUUUACCAAUUAUAUUUUAGUUGUAAGCAAAAUUAUGGUUUGUUUGUUGUGCUUUUUUGGCAGACCACACCAAUGAGUCAAAAGUUCAAAUUGUUAUGCAAUUAUAUGGGAAUUAUGUGUAUUAAUUUUACAGUAUUGAUAUAAUAUUUGAAAAUAUCAGUGGUUAAAUCUGCCAAAUGAUGAUAGUCAGUCAAAGGUUUGAGCCUUGCAAAUGGACUGACCGCUGACCACUUGGAAUUUCUCGAGGCUCUAGCUGGGAGGUGUUGACAACAGUUGAAGUUUAACAUAAUUCCCAAAAUUCAAGAUAACUGAAAAAAAUGAAAAGUAAAUGAUGUAUGCAACUAAAUUUAACUGCAAAUAAAAUUUUCUUUUACUAUCUCAAUA